CCGGGGCUCCAGCGCUGUCAUUCAGUCACCUGUUUCGGGAAGGAGAAGGCUACUUUUAGUCUCUUUAUGUUGCACGUUUCACUUUGAAAGGGGAUAUGUGGGAACGGGAAAUAGUGUAAAAGACGGGACGGGAUUUAGACAGAGCGGCUGCGUAACUUAGUGACAGAAAUAACAAAAGCCCCCAAGAAGACGCUGCCCGACCGACCCGAGGAUAUUAUUAUUAUAGGCCGGCUGUGGAUAUUUGCUCCGCCAGCAUGAAGUUUGCGGAGCACCUAUCCGCUCAUAUUACUCCAGAAUGGAGGAAACAAUAUAUUCAAUAUGAGGCUUUCAAGGAGAUGCUGUAUGCAGCCCAGGACCAGGCUCCAUCCAUAGAAGUCACAGAUGAAGACACUGUCAAACGGUACUAUGCCAAGUUUGAGGAGAAGUUCUUUCAGACCUGCGAAAAGGAGCUCUCCAAAAUCAACACAUUCUAUUCAGAGAAACUGGCUGAGGCACAGCGCAGAUUCGCAACUUUGCAGAAUGAGCUGCAGACAUCUCUGGAUGCCCAGCGGGAGAGCAACGCUCCGGGGCUGCGCAGUCGUCGCAAAACGGUGUUCCCUUUGUCCAACCAGGAGCGCAACAAACAUCGUAACAUCAAAGAUCUGCAGCUGGCCUUCAGCGAGUUCUACCUCAGUCUCAUCCUACUGCAGAACUACCAGAAUCUGAACUUCACUGGAUUCCGGAAAAUCCUGAAGAAACAUGAUAAGAUUCUAGACACACAGCGCGGAGUGGAUUGGCGUGUGGCCCACGUGGAGGUGGCUCCAUUCUACACCUGUAAGAAGAUAACACAGCUCAUCUCUGAGACUGAGGCCCUGGUGACCACAGAGCUGGAAGGUGGUGACCGUCAGAAGGCCAUGAAGAGGCUGAGGGUUCCACCUCUUGGAGCUGCUCAGCCUGCACCUGCCUGGACCACCUUCCGUGUGGGACUGUAUUGUGGGGUCUUCAUUGUCCUGGCUGUAUCCUUCGUCUUUACUGGUGCUUUUUUCGUUCGUAAUCAGAACAUCUGGCCUUUGGUACGCAUCUACCGCGGCGGUUUUCUGCUGAUUCAGUUUCUCUUCCUGUUGGGGAUUAACACUUAUGGCUGGAGGCAGGCAGGGGUCAACCACGUGCUGAUCUUUGAGCUGAACCCUCGAAACAACCUCUCACAUCAACAUUUGUUUGAGAUCGCAGGAUUUUUGGGGGUGCUGUGGUGUCUCAGUAUCCUUUCCUGCCUGUUUGCAGACUACACUUUUCUCCCUAUGCAGGCAAACCCUCUCAUCCUCUACGGUUUUAUGGUGCUCUUCCUCAUCAUACCCUUCAAAACAGCCUACUACAAAUCCCGUUUCUGGCUCAUCAAACUGCUGUUCCGUGUGUUCACCGCCCCAUUCCACAGAGUGGAAUUUGCAGACUUCUGGCUGGCUGACCAGCUCAACUCUCUGGUGAUCGUGCUCUCAGAUCUGGAGUAUCUGGUCUGCUACUACAGCAUGGAGCUGAAAUGGGGGGAACUUAGUGGCUUAUUGCCCAGCACAUACGGUGAUGAAAAGUGUAACAGCUACUCUUAUGGUGUACGCGCCAUAAUCCACUGUCUGCCUGCCUGGUUGCGUUUUGUUCAGUGUCUGCGACGUUACCGUGACACCAGGAGAGCCUUCCCUCACCUGGUGAAUGCUGGAAAAUACUCCACAACCUUCUUUGUGGUCACAUUUGCAGCCCUCUACAGAACUCAUAAAGAUCAGAAACAUGCAGACGCUGAGGUUUUUUUCUACAUGUUGAUUCUUUCGUCAGUCAUCAGUUCGCUCUACACACUGAUCUGGGACUUGAAGAUGGACUGGGGUCUUUUUGACCGCAAUGCUGGCGAGAAUACCUUUUUGAGAGAGGAGAUCGUUUACCCACAUAAAGCCUACUACUACUGUGCCAUAAUAGAAGAUGUGAUGCUACGCUUCGCCUGGACUCUGCAGAUCGCUCUGACUUCCAUGACUACCAUUCCCUCAGUCGAGGACAUCGUGGUUACCAUUUUAGCUCCUCUGGAAGUGUUUAGACGUUUUGUAUGGAACUUCUUCCGUCUUGAGAAUGAGCACCUGAAUAACUGCGGUGAGUUCCGAGCGGUGCGAGACAUCUCAGUUGCUCCUCUGAACGCUGAUGACCAGACGCUGCUGGAGCAGAUGAUGGACCAGGAGGAUGGAGUGCGGAACAGACAGGGCAAAAAGAGCUGGAAGCGCAGCUACAGCCUGUCCUUACGAAGACCCCUGCUGUCCUCUCAGUCUAAGAAGGACACCAAGGUGCUGAUUGAGGAUACGGAUGACGAAGCCUUCAGCUGAACCCAGAUCUCGCUGUCCCUCCACGUUUCUCAGCUUUCUAUCGGUUCCUCACAGAGCUGCCUCAGCACAACUGAUUCUAAACACACACAAAUUCACUUGCACACUCACAAACCCAUCCAGAGACAGAGAAGUGAACAGAGUUAAGCACAAAAACAGCUGUGAGACAUAUCAGGACACAACAGUGAUAUCGUACAAACACGGACACACACAUAUGUUGAGAUACACACACGGAAACACACAGAUUUCCCUCAAGGUACUUUUUUAUUAGACUUUUUAAUUGUGUUCCUCUAUAUUGAUAUGUUUUUGUACUUUUGUUUAGGUUUUUGAAGUUAUAUUACUGCAUACGACUGUUUACAAACUUAUAAUAACUAGGAAUCUACAGGGAGGAGAGAGUUAUCAUGUAAAAUACUAACAUGAAAAGUUAUAAUAGCAUGCACUGCACAGACUCAAGCAGCACACUACAACUCAUUUUGAAACUGUUGUUUUUUGUUUGUUUUUUUUGUUUUUUUCAUAUUCUUUUAGUUGUUUUUCUUUCAUUUAGUUUUUUGAGUUGUCAUGACAUCAGAGGACGGCCCUGGUGGCACUUUUAGGAAAUGCUUGACAUUUUAAAACCAUUCAAAAACAUAAACAUGUUUAGAGUUAUAUAUUUUCAUCAUAUUAAUAUGCAAAUAUGUUUUUUAACAUGCAUUGCUUUGAUAUCAAAGCUGUCAUUUUACCAUUUAUGGUUUGUGUUUGAGAGAAUGGAGUGUGUGUGGGUUUUUUUUUUUUUAUUCUUUCGAAGAGGAAUAGAUGAUGUUAAACUAAAAAUGUACACUCUUCUGUCCUCUGUAUAGAUUCUCUACUUUAUUUCUUACUUUGACCAGUGCAACCACUGUAAGCAGACUUGACAUUAGAAGUAACAUUUGGGUAAAUGUUACCCACUGUAAAAGAUGAGAUGAUUUUUUUGGACUGUAAUAAUUUGUAGUGAUGCACUAAACUAAAAAAAAAUCAGGAAUAAUUGCCACACAUCUUAAUUUUUUACAAGAACAACUGCUUACUAAAAGAAAGACAUUUUUGUGGAAUCAGUGUAUUCCCUACAUGGCUUUUUGCAUCACUUGCCACAACCACUACAAGCCAAAGAGGAAAUGCAAACACUGCCAGUGAAUUAUUAUUCUUAUGGUUGUGAUAUCUUUAGAAUUUUGUAUUAUGAGGAACCAUGAGAGAUGCUUAAGACCGUUAUAUUUUGUGCAUCUAAUAGUAGUUCCUGUGUGGUGAGGUGGUGUCUUUCUUAAAAUCUCCUGACCGGCACCUUUAAUUAUGGUCGCAGGUUGGUUAUUUGUUUGCUUGACACUUUAGCAGGUCAAUCUGUUUAUAAUCAGUUUCACAUUUUGAUGUGAAAAUUGAAAUCACUACCAUAUAUAAACUUUUCUCUCCUUGAAUUACAAACUGCAAAUUUAGGAGAAGAGAGGUGAUACACCAUUUAUUCAUUCAUUCCUGUUUUCACUUCUUUAUCACAAUACUUUGAUAGAAGAGAAUGGAUUCUGGAGUCAUGUUAACUAAGUGACUCUAAUAUUAUAAUUAAUAUAAAUGUUUUUUCAUGGAAAAAAAGAAAACACCAGGGCUGUUUUUAGCUGAUAUGUACAUUUCGCUUAACUUUUUUACAGGUUAGUUCAUGACUUUUUUCAGUAGCUUGCGUUUAUUAGUUUUUUGCAAACACAAUCUUUCAACUGUAAUCUCUCUCUCUCCUGAUUCUUUCUUUCAUUUUUGCUUUCUCUUACUCUGUAUGUUUCUUAUUCUCACUUGCUCUUUAAAAGGAAAGUGUUUGUUCAUGUUUUAUGAAAAAUGAUGUACAGAUAUACAGCAGGUGUUGUGUCUGUGAGUAACUCAUUUUAGUUUACUUAAAGUUUAUUGUUUUGCUUAAACACACAUUUGAAGCAAAAUGUUAAUAUCAAUUGUAUUGAUAGCAAAUCCAAUGCAAACCAUGAGAUUUGACGAUUUCUGCACUGACAAAGGGGAAAAACAGUCUGUGCAUUUCACGUGUUUUAUGAGAUUUGUGUUUGCAAAAGAAGAUAGAGUGCUAUCCUCAUUCUAAAAUGUGGUGUUCCUGUGUUGUAUAGGUCCUUUUGUCUAUUAAUAUUAAUGAAAUGGUAAUCUUGCCAUUCUCAAAAUGACAGCCAUGUUGGCACACAGUGUCUUAAUUUGCUCUGUCUUCAGCUCUCAAAACUGACUUUCAAGGGGCACACACAAAAUUUUUAUAAAUUAUACACUUUUGUCCACACAAUCGAUCCAAAAUCAGCUUAAAUGGAUGCUGAACACAAAUUUGCCCCAUCCACUGCUUAUGUAAUGCAUUGCCAAUUGUCUUGCCUGCAUGCUGCUUUUGUUUUGCACUGUAAAUAGUUUUUUCCCCAUUUUUUUCUACGUGUAAAAGAAUGUUGGUUAAUUUAUUGUACUAAUUAUUUAUGUACAAGUUGGAGGUUUUGCUUUAAAUGAGCAGUAUUAUGUAGAUGUAGGGCAUUUUGAUUAGUCACAAUCCCACAGUGUCUUACAUGUGAAUUAUGUCAAAAUAGUGUAACUUAAGAUGCUUUAGUGAAUAUGGAAAGUAAUCUGUUUAAUCUAAGUGUAUAUUUCUACUCAUGUCACUUCCAUCACAAGGGUUUGUGCCCAUUUGACAGGACUUGUUGGGUGACAGUGGUUUUAAUAUUGUGAACACUGAUAAGAAAUGACAGAGGAGAGGAAAGGAUUGUGACAUGUUAAAAUUCUCAUUAAUACCCUAAAUAUGGGCUCUGUUAUGAGUGGAACCCUCAAAAUGUAGGGUUUUAUUUUAAACAUUACUUUAUCUUUUUUUUACUUUUUUGAUUACAGAACUGGAAUUAUACACAAGCCCAGACAUAAUGUCUUCAUGGGGGACAAAAGCUAUACAUGUUGAUUUUGCUUGCUAAACUCAUGAUGUUAAGUGCUUGAUAUCUCUGCAUCUUUUCUAUCUCCUAUCUCGGUGUUGUAUCCUUUCUUAAACACAUGGCUGUGACAAUGUUUGUAGUUGAUAAAUAGUUGUACUUUUGAGUAAGUUAAGACUUAAAGAAAUAUAGAAAAAAACUUGUGGUUCUGUGAUUAAAUAGAGACAUAAAAAGAGAGCAUUUCUCACAGUUCCCCCCUUUUACAGAGUAGUUUGUAAAUGUUGAGUGUAUUGCUAUGAUGGUUCCACCAAUGAUCUCAUUUGUAUUUCUGUAUACACUUUGGUGAUCCUGUCAUAUUUGGUUUUAUAAACCACGCUUAUUUUUAAAACCUU